CGGACCCGGCGUGGGGGGGCGGCGGCCGCGGCGCUCAGGCAUGGCGGCGGCAGCGCUGGGCAGUUCCUCCGGGUCCGCUUCCCCGGCCGUGGCCGAGCUCUGCCAGAACACCCCGGAGACCUUCCUGGAGGCCUCCAAGCUGUUGCUCACCUACGCGGAUAACAUCCUCAGAAACCCUAAUGAUGAAAAAUAUAGAUCUAUCCGGAUUGGAAACACAACUUUUUCUACUAGACUUUUGCCUGUCAGAGGAGCUGUUGAAUGUUUAUUUGAAAUGGGCUUUGAAGAGGGAGAAACGCAUCUUAUCUUUCCUAAAAAAGCUUCAGUGGAGCAGCUGCAAAAAAUUCGUGACCUGAUUGCCAUAGAGAGAAGUAGCAGACUGGAUGGAUCAAAUAAGAGCCCCAAAGUAGAUGUAUCUCAGCAACUUGAAACCAGUACCCCGCUUCCUACAACACAGUCUUCAAAUCGUAAUGGGUUAACCCAGCACCCAGGGAACAGUGGAGGGCAGUCAUCAAAUCCACCAUCUGCCCCAAUGGUUACUGGUGAUUCAGUCAUUCUAAAAGUUCUCCGGUCCAACAUUCAGCAUGUGCUGGUAUAUGAGAACCUUGCUCUCCAGGAGAAAGCACUGGCUUGUAUUCCAGUCCAAGAACUAAAACGAAGAUCACAAGAAAAGUUAUCUAGAGCUAGAAAAUUGGAUGAAGGUACUCAUUUAAAUGAGGAGGAUUUUCUUUUGCUGGAGCUUUUACACUGGUUUAAGGAAGAAUUUUUCCACUGGGUGAAUGACAUUGCAUGCAGUAAAUGUGGUGGCCGGACAAAGUCUAGAGGCACCUCAUUGUUCCCCAGUGAUGAUGAGCGGAAGUGGGGUGCAGACAGAGUAGAAGAUCACUACUGUGACGCCUGCCAGCUCAGCAAUCGAUUCCCAAGGUAUAAUAAUCCUGAGAAGCUUUUGGAGACAAGAUGUGGACGCUGUGGCGAGUGGGCCAAUUGUUUCACCCUGUGCUGCCGAGCCUUAGGCUUUGAAGCUCGCUAUGUUUGGGAUUACACAGACCACGUCUGGACUGAAGUCUAUUCCCCUUCUCAGCAGCGUUGGCUGCACUGUGAUCCCUGUGAAGAUGUCUGCGACAAGCCCCUCCUCUAUGAAAUAGGGUGGGGCAAGAAGCUGUCCUAUGUCAUUGCAUUUUCUAAAGAUGAGGUGGUUGAUGUCACUUGGCGAUAUUCUUGUAAACAUGAAGAGGUAAUCUCCAGAAGAACUCAAAUUAAAGAAGAGUUACUUCGAGAAACUAUUAAUGGACUUAAUAAGCAGAGGCAAAUAUCUUUGUCAGAAAACAGAAGAAAAGAACUUCUCCAAAGGAUAAUUGUGGAGCUUGUUGAAUUUAUAUCUCCCCGAAGCCCUAAGCCUGGAGAACUUGGCGGAAGGAUAUCUGGGUCCGUGGCCUGGAGAGUGGCCCGAGGAGAAAUGGGUCCAGAGAGUAAAGAAAUCCUGUUCAUCCCCUCUGAAGAAGAGAAGAUUUCUAAGCAGCUCCACCUUUGCUACAAUACUGUAAAAAAUCAUUAUGUCCGAGUUUCAAGUAAUAACCAAAUUCUUGAUGGAUGGGAGAAUGGUGUGUGGAAAAUGGAAUCCAUAUUCAGAAAAGUUGAAACAGACUGGAACAUGGUGUAUUUAGCCCGAAAGGAAGGAUCGUCUUAUGCUUACAUUUCCUGGAAGUUUGAAUGUGGGUCAGUUGGUCUGAAAGUAGAUAGCAUUUCCAUUAGGACAAGUAGUCAGACCUUUGAGACUGGAACAGUACAGUGGAAAUUGCGAUCUGAUACAGCACAAGUGGAACUGACAGGCGAUAAAACUCUUCACUCCUAUCAUGAUUUUUCUGGUGCCACUGAAGUUAUUUUAGAAGCAGAAUUAAGCGGAGGAGAUGGUGGUGUUGCUUGGCAACACACCCAGCUGUUUAGACAAAGCUUAAAUGACCAUGAAGAAAAUUGUUUGGAGAUAAUUAUAAAAUUCAUUGACCUUUGAGGAUCUGAACAUUAUGGAAAAGCUGGCAAUAAUCAAGAACUUAGCAUGUUCUAAAGUAAUCUGUUGGUUCUGUGCAUGCUUAGUUGGCAGUUUGCUACCCUGUACUAGUGUAUUUCCUUGUUGGCUCUCCAUCAUGUAAUGUUCAUGAAAAUAUAUCUUUAUACUAUGGACCAUAAUGACACCUUGAAUUAAAUGCUCCCUUCCAUAUGUGACUAUAAUUUGGAGUAAAGUCUUACUGCCCCAUUAUGAGAUUUUAAUCUAAAAAUUGUAAGUAUGGUUUUGAAAGUAAAAUGAAGGUAUUUAUGAUUAAGGCUAUUAUGAUGAAAUCUUAAGCUAAUAAUAGUAAUUUCACAGUUUCUGAUCAGAUUAAUUUCUCCAUAAGUGAUUGAAAUAGAUUUCCUAAGUUUUUAAAUUUUUAAUAAAUGUGAAAGUGUGCUAUCUCAUAAGUUAUAAUGCAUGAAAAUUUUUAUGAUUGUAAAUAUGUAGGCAUUUAAGAAAUAAAAUGAAUUAUUUUGCUUUAUAUCUUUUUAGUGGUUACUUUGUUUAAAUAAAAAUCAUAAGUAUGCUAAACAUUAGAAUCCACUUGAGAUGAAUUAUGAAAACAUUUAGCAUAAAUUUACAGAUAAGUUAUAAAACCAUAAUAUGUGGACACUUCAGAAAAUGCUUUACUUUGGAGUUUACUUUUGAGUGUUUUUAUCUACCUCAUUGAGUAAAAUGUUUAUUCUUUUUUAAAAAAUGUUUAUUCUUGACUUUGAAACUAUGUAACUAUAUUAUUCAGAAUUUAUAUAGUGUAUCAAGAGUUUUUGUGUGUGUUCCCUAGAACCUCUCCAAUUAAAUUUAGUGAACAUUUA